CGUCCUUGCGCUCUUCAUGGCUGCAGUCCCUUCAGAUAGAGAAAGUCAUAUUUAGCUCUGUUAUAGUCCUUUAUACUGCACCUUCCUGCAGGUUGUCACAUAUCCACAGCGAGCUGCAGUAUAAAUGUGCCUGGUUCUCCUUCAAAGUAUUUAAUGGAAACCAUCCCUUUAAGAAAUUUGCCAAGGCUAUGAUGCCUAAUAUUUACCUGGUAUCCAGCAUGUCCCAGAAGUCAUCCUGAGUGGACUGACGUUGUGAGGAAAGGUCUGCAGGACACGUGGGGGGCUCAUCACUACAGACAGAGAAGCAUUCUACAGUACCGUUUCCACCUAGUUGUGUUCCCCUUUGCAAGACAAUGGUGCUUUUCCAGACUGACCCACAGAAGAUGGGUAAAGAAAGGAACAAGAUGGCAGAAAAGAUAUUAAGUCUUACCCUGGAGAUCCUUUACCUAGUGACUGGAGAGGAUUACGUAGUUGUGAAGAAGAUCUCUGGAGGGUGUGUGAAACCUAGCAGCCAAUUUGUGUCAGAAGAAUGGACAGAGAGCCCCAUUACCAUGCCUAAACCUCAUGAGAGAGACAAUGAGAGAAACAAUGAACAGAAGAUCUUAGACCUCGCCAAUAAGAUUAUUUAUCUGCUAACUGGAGAGAUUCCUGUAAGGUGUGAAGAUGUCGCUGUCUAUUUCUCCAUGGAGGAGUGGAAGUAUUUAGAAGAACAUAAGGAUCUCACCAAUGACUUUCUCGUGGAAAAUUCACUGUCCUGUACAUUUUCUGAUGGAUCCACUGAGAGAAAUAUACAAGAGAUAUGUCCUAGUCCUCUCUAUUCCCAGAAUUGUCCAGAAAAAAAGAAUGGAGUGCCCUUAAAUCAGGGUGAAGAUCUUACUGAUAUUAAGCUUGAGAAUUUGGAAAUAGAGGAGGUUUAUGUGGAGGAAGACCAGCAUUGUAAAGAGGAAGAGAUUUCAACUGAUAUCAGCCCAGCAGGUGACUGCACCAUGGUGUUAGAGGAACGUCUUUCUUUAUGUCCCGAUUGGGAAAAAGACAAAAUCAUGCCUAAUGCAUCUGGAACUGUUCACCAAACUGUUGAUAAUGUACCCUCAAUGCUUCAUCGGAAAGAGCUGUCAUCAGACCCUUGUUAUCAUGAGGAACCUAAUCUUUCAUGGAUAUUUAAAGACACAGGUUUGGGUUUUUCUGUGCACAAGAGACUUGAGAGGAAAUUUCCCUGUGUGUAUUGUGUAAAAAGUUUUUUCAAGAAUUCAGAUCUUGUAAGACAUAAUAGAGUUCACACAGGAGAGAAGCCUUUUUCAUGUUCAGAAUGUGGAAAGCAUUUCAUUCAGAAAUCAACUCUUGUUCAGCAUCUGAGAAUUCAUACAGGUGAAAAGCCAUUUCCGUGUACAGAAUGUGGGAAAAGUUUUACCCAGAAAGCAGCCCUUCUUGAACAUCGAAAAAUCCACACAGGGGAAAAACCAUUUUCAUGUUUGGAAUGUGGAAAAAGUUUUGUCCAGAAAUUAAAUCUUGCCCAGCAUUUGCGGAUUCACACUGGGGAGAAGCCAUUUUCAUGUUCAGAAUGUGGGAAAGGUUUCAUAAGAAAAUCUGAUCUUAUUAGACAUCAGCGAGUUCACACAGGAGAAAGGCCAUUUUCAUGCCUGGAAUGUGAGAAAACUUUUACAAAAAAAUCUGAUCUUAUUAAUCAUCAAAGAACUCACACAGGAGAAAAACCCUUUUCUUGCUUGGAAUGUGGGAGAUGUUUUACUCAGAAAUCAUAUCUUAUAAGUCAUCUAAGGACUCACACGGGGGAGAAACCGUUUUCAUGUUUAGAAUGUGGGAAACGCUUUACUCAGAAAUCAAGUCUUGUUUCACAUCAGAGAAUUCACAUGAGUGAGAGGCCAUUUUCAUGUUUAGAAUGUGGACAAUGUUUUUCCAACAUAUCACAUUUUAUACACCAUCAAAAAAUUCACAUGGGCAUGAAUUGUCUUACUUUUCAGAGAAAGUGCCCCGAUUCCUAUACACAUCACACAACUCACUUUGUGUUGGAUCCAGAACAAAGGAUUCAAGACUAUGAGGAAAUUGGUCCUUCAGCCUGUAGGAUUCAGAAGGAUCCCCCCAAAAAGAUUAUGGUUCCUUUAUUGCCUGACCCACCAUCUAUGGACAAGGACAAGAACACAAUGGCUGAAAAGAUAUUAAAACUUACCCUAGAAAUGAUCUACCUAGUGACUGGAGAGGAUUACACCAUAGUAAAAAAGCCAUCAGAGGAGUGUGUGACACCCAGGAGCCAACAACUUGUAACCCAGUAUUUCAGCAGGACCUAUAGCCCCACAUUAGUGCCUUCAACUCAUUUACAGAUACAUGAGAGGAACAAUGAGCAAAAGAUCCUGAAUCUCACCAACAAGAUCAUUGGGCUACUGACUGGAGAGGUUCCUGUAAGGUGUCAGGAUUUCACUAUCUAUUUCUCCAUGGAGGAGUGGGAGUAUUUGGAAAGACACGAGGAUCUAUACAAGGACAUUGUGAUUGACCGUGACCACCACUUCUCUUCAACAGAUGGACCGAAUAAAAGAAAUACACCACAGGGAAGUCCCAGUCCUACGUAUUCACAAGAUUUUCCAGAGAAAUAUCAGGGUAAAACUCAAACAAAUGCUAAAACUGAAGUAAUCACAGAAACAGAAUUGUAUGCAUGGGGUGACCAGCUUUGUAAGGAUGAAAAUGUUCCUAUAGAGUUUUUCCCAGAUAUAUCCUUUAGGAAAAACACUGAAGACUGUCCCAAUCCUUAUACUGAAGAUUCUUCAGAAGAAAAUAACCAUUGGGAGAAUCAGGGUAAAGACCUGACUGACAUUAAAGUUAUUGUAGGAGAAGAACAUACAUAUGUAUACGAUCAUCAGUUGUGUAAGGAAGACCAGAUUCCUCGAGAUUUUUGCCCAGCAGAUGACUACACCAGUAUUUGGGAUAGUCGUCCAGAUUGUAAAGUGGAGGAAAACCACAUUACACAAAACACUUAUGGAGAACACUUCAUUACCCCCAAUAUGUCCUCAGUCCUUUAUAGCAAAGUGCUAUCAUCUGAUCAGUACAAUCAUGAGGAUCCUUCUCCUGCAUUAUUUGAGAUUUCAAAGCAAAGAACUGUCCAGAAAGAGGGUAAAAUAUUCUCAUGUUCUGAAUGUGGGAAAUAUUUUAAAAAGAAUUCUAAUCUAUCUAUGCACAAGAGGAUUCACAGUGAUGAGAGGCCCUUUUCAUGUUCGGAUUGUGGGAAAUGUUUCAUCCAAAAAUCAGAUCUUGUUACACACCAGAGAAUUCACACAGGGGAGAAGCCAUUCUCAUGUUUGGAAUGUGGAAAAUGUUUUACCCAGAAAUCAGCCCUUCUUGAACACCAGAGAAUUCACACAGGGGAGAAACCACAUUCAUGCUCAGAAUGUGGGAAAUGUUUUACUCAGAAAUCCGUUCUUGUUAAACAUCAGAGAACUCACACAGGAGAGAAGCCAUUUUUAUGUUUCAUCUGUGGGAAGAGUUUUACCCAGAAAUCAAUUCUUGUUCAGCAUCAAAGAACUCACACAGGAGAGAAGCCAUUUUCAUGUUCAGAAUGUGGAAAAUGUUUUAACAAUAAGUCAGGUCUUAUUACCCAUGAAAGAACACACACUGGUGAGAAGCCAUUUCCAUGUUCUGAAUGUGGAAAAUGUUUCAAAAAGAAAUCUAACCUCAACAAACAUGAAAGAAUUCACAGAGAAGAGAAGCCAUUUUCAUGCUCACAUUGUGGGAAAUGUUUCACAGAGAGAUCACAGCUUAAUAAACAUUUACGAAUUCACACAGGGGAGAAGCCAUUUGCAUGUUCAGAAUGCGGAAAAUGUUUUACCCAGAAAUCACAUCUUAUGAAUCAUUACAAGAUUCAUUCUGGAAAUAAUUCCCUACCAAAUGCUGAUUUUGUUCAAAUCCUAUUAGAAUGAUAUAAUAAAAUGCCUUGUAUUAUUGGUGGGUUAUUAUCUUUUGUGGUUUUCAAAAAUUCAUAAAUGAGUCCCCUCCUAAAAAAAUAGAUGGCUGUUUGAGCUGUCAGCAUGGCACCUACAUGUAAUGCUGGAUCUUAUUGAAUGUUUUUAGUCAAACCUCUUAAAUAAACACCAUAGUCUAUCCGGCAUCCAUCUGUUCAGAUGUAUGUCACCCCUCAUAGAUGUGUUUCCUGCUGUUGAAAUCUCCUGCAGAUUGUGCAAAAUGACAAUAAAAUCUUAUGAGAAACAUUUAUGAGAAGAUCAAGACAGCCAAAGACAUACAAUAAUUGUUGGUUCAAAAUGGGCAAUCAGUUCAGUUCUGCCAAAAUUUGAAGCCCA